UUAUACAUUAGCAGUAUCAAGACACAAGUAGAUACUAGAAUAAACCACUUGAGUUAAAGCUUCUUAAGUUUAACUAUCUAUUAUCAUUUGAAUAAUAAAUAUGUUGAAGCGAGAGUUAACUGAAAAGCUUCUUCAGCAACAUUUAAAUGAGCAAGGAUUGUUAACAAAUGAUCAGGCUUGGACUGUUGGAUAUUCUAAGUUAGGUGGUCGAGGAUUAUUUGCUACCCGUGAUAUUCAAAAAGGAGAAAUUAUUUUUAUAGAUAAAGCUUUGAUAACUGGUCCAAGAUGCUAUAAAAAAUAUCUACCGAUGUGUAUCAAUUGUUAUAAAUCUGGGUGUACUCUUUUCCCAUGCGACAAAGGAUGUGGUCUUCCAAUCUGUUCAGACAAGUGUGAAAAUUCCAAAAAUCACUCAGAAGCUGAAUGUAAAUAUUUACAGAAGUGGAAACCAAUAUGUGGGAGCAUGUGGUCUAUGGAUCUUCUUCAAGCAGUGGUGCCAAUACGAUCUCUUACAUUGUCUGAAAGUCAACGAGAAGUUGUUAAUGCUCUAGAGUGUCAUGAAGGAACCCUACAUGGUCGUGAGUUGGAAUUAUUAGAAAAAAAUAUUUCACAACCGAUUGAUGAAGAAGAUAAAAAUUUUAUGCUUCGAGUAUGUCGAGCAUUCGAUACGAAUGCUUUUGAAACAGUUCGAGUAAUUGACAAUGAAAUUUCAAUUAGUCUUCGAGCACUUUAUCCCUUGGGAGCUUUACAAAAUCAUGAUUGUGUACCGAAUACUCGACAUUAUUUCAAUGCAGAUGGACUUAUGAUUACUCGAGCAGUAGUACCAAUUGAUGAAGGGGAAGAACUUACCAUGACCUAUACCGACUUACUUUGGAGUACUCAUUUGAGAAGAAAAUAUUUGAUUAUGUCGAAACAUUUUGAAUGUAAUUGCUAUAGGUGCUCUGAUCCUACGGAAUUUGGAAGCAAUAUAAGUGCACUAAGAUGUGCUAAUUUAGAAUGUUAUGGAAUAAUAUUGCCUGAGAAUCCUCUAAAUCAAAAAUCAUCAUGGAUAUGUCGUCAAUGUAAUAAUAAAGUAUCCAGUCGACAGGUUGAAUCGAUUUGGUCUGGAAUAAUGUCUAUCGUAAAUGGAAUGGUUACGGAAUCACCAAGGAAAAUGUUAAAGUUUAUUGAAGGCGAGCUAAAAACUCUUGUUCCAGAUACUAACUAUUUUAUGCUGGAUAUGAAAUUCCGUAUUAUUUCCUUCUUUGGAAGAAUUGAAGGACUAGAAUGGAAAAAUUUGUCUGAUAAAGAACUCGAGUUCAAGGAAAAAUAUUGCACUGAUUUAAUACAAACUCUAGAUACAUUAGGUUGUGGAGAUUGUCAAAAAAAAGGAUUAAUUUUAAAUGAAUUAUUCUGUACAAAGAGAGAAUUAUUCUCGAGAACUGCACUUGAUAAUAAUGAUGAUGAAAAUUUGCAAGUUAAUGAUAUGGCUCAAAACUUACUGGAAAUCGCCCAGAAAGCCACAGAAAUUUUACAAGAUGAUAUAGCAGCACCUAAUGAUCUCAAAACUCUAAAUAUUUUAUCUUUACCACGCACGAAUGCGUGAUUAUUGAUCAAACACGUCCAUUACGUUGUAUAAUCAAGUUUUCUAUAUUUUAUUCACGCUUUCGUGAGUCCAUGUAUCCUCAAUUGAACAAUGAAAACCCAAUAUCAUUCCUGAAGUCACGAAAAAUAGAAAUAAAAUAAAAAUUACUUAAAAAUU